GUCAUUAAUUUAAGAUACUUAGUCAUUAUUUUAAGAAAGUUUCUCAUUAUUUUGACAAACAAAGUCUUUUCGCUUCCAUACAUAUCUCCAUGUCAAAAUGACAAAAAAAAGAGGGGAAGCGAAGUCUAAAUAAAAAUCCUCAUGUUUGGACAAGCUUAUCAUCUUCAGACAGACAUUUCCUUUCUGUGUGAGUGUCCCGUUUCAGCACAUUACAUCACUCACAGGCAUCGGAAAGAAAAAGAUCCCAAAGUUUUCUAACUUCUCUUACUAAUCUUUGUAAAUCUCCAUUAAACAUACAGAUACUUGAGGAGUUUCAUAUUUGAGACAAGCUCCUUAUAGUUUAGUGUGAAAGUAAAAAAAAAAAGAAAAAAAGAUACGAACAAUACGAUAUUUAUGUAUGUAUAUAUAUAUAUGUCUAUAUGCAUGUAUGUAUGUGUGUAUGUGUAAUUGUUUAUGCAGCUAGAUAUUUAUCUAUAAAAACACAAAUACACACACACACGCACACACACACACACACACACACACACAGUGUUUUAGUCCCUGUUUUACUUUGUUUUACGUCAGAUUUUUGUUCAUGUAAUUGUCUGCACUUGUUUUGUACUCACUUGUCAUCAUGGGUGGAGGCGUCACUACACGCUCUGCAUGUUAAAACAGAAACCAAAGUUAGCUCACAUUCCUGUAGAUGCAGAGAGGAUGGCAAGAGCUUUCUGUUUUUUUUUCUUUUUGUUUGGGGAGGUGUUUGUUUGUGACUCGAGUUCUCCAACAGAGAAGCAGACGGAGGCGACAAACGAGAAAUGUUCUGCUGAGCGUACGGUGUUAGCAGAGAGAAGUGAGAUUUAAGAGUGCUGUUAAUAAAAGACAAGAAAAAGAGAGAAUGGGGAAGUUUGUUCUCUUUUUACUGGUUGCUGUUCUCUGUCUGAGUGGUUCUCUUCAAAAGAAAGAGAGAAGGAGAAACAGAGUGCAGAGGAACAGCUCUGAGGUUCAAGUUAUCGUGCCCAGAACAUUUAUAGGUAGCCGGUUCAUUCAGCCCAAGUUCCUUUCAGAGCCAAAUGGGACUCAAGCUCCCAUUUCAUCUCAGUCCCCUCCAGGACUGCAGUUGCUAAGCAACAGUACCACCGGGUUCCUCCUCGGGCCCCUGAGCACGCGGGUCAUCCCCAUCUUCUACAUGCUGGUCGUCACCGUGGGGAUCCCGGCCAACGUCGCCAUCUUGUGCACGCUGUUCUCCAAGAUCAGGAAGGUGUCCUCCGCUAUCCUGUACUGCAGCCUGGCCGUCUCCGACCUCCUCCUCCUCCUCUCCCUCCUCUUCAAGGCCCACUACCAUUUCCACGGCAACCACUGGGUGCUCGGGGAGGUGGCCUGCCGGGUGGUCACCGCGUGUUUCUACGGCAACCUCUACUGCUCGGCCCUGACGCUGGCCUGCAUCAGCGUCAAGCGCUACCUGGCCGUGGUGCACCCGUUCACGUACAAGAGUCUGCCCAAGAGGAGGGUCACGGCCUGGGUAACCGUGGCGAUGUGGGGCAUGUUCGGCGCUGCAUCCGUCCCAGAACUGCUCGUCCAGCAGAGCUUCCGGCUCCCGGAAGUCGGCCGCGUCACCUGCCACGAUGUCCUGCCCCUUCACCACGACUCCCACUACUUCCUGCUGUACUACAACCUGUUUCUGACCGUCUUCGGCCUCCUGGCGCCCCUAGUGGUCACGGUGGUGUGUUACGCCCGGAUCGUGUACGAGCUCAACCAGUCGCACCACGACUGGACGAUGUACAUCAAGGCCAGCUCGCUGGUGUUCGUCAUCUUCCUGCUGUGCUUCGUUCCUGCCGGAGUCCUGCACUUCGUCCACUACGUGCAGCUGUUCACUGACGGGACGGAUAGUUUGUACAUGCACUUUAAAGUGGCGGUGUGUUUGUGCUGCCUGCAUGCCUGUCUGGACCCCUUCCUCUUCCUGGUCAUGUCCAAGUCUGCAGGCUCCAGCAUUCGCUUCAGUGCCUUUAAAGGCAAGACCCUCAGCCUGUCUGUGUAACGGGGACCUGAACAAAAAACUGGUUUUGAUUUUGCAGCAGAUGAAGAGGGAGAUGUUCUCUGUGGCUGGAAUCCAAAGAGAAAGCAAAAGGACCCUGAGUGUAUUUCUGAGAAACAAGUGGAAUUAAUAGCUUUGUACAGGAAUAUAGUUUACAUGUGUGUGGUAAAUAUGUUAAUGUUGUUUACGUGUGUUAAAUAUGAAAAGAAAGAAUGCAUUUAUGUAUCAAACACAUGAUCAUUAAUGGUUUUGUGAAUGGUUGCUUUUUUAAGAUUUUCAUUCUGUAGAGUUUGGUGGACAAAAAUAACACAAAAGUAUAUUUUUCCUAUUUGAGUUUAAGUCAUUAAUGCUUGAAGUUUAAAGCUGACAAGGAAUAACAUGAAACAGACUGACUUUAGCAAAUAUGUCUCCUGUGUAUUUUAUGUAUUCCUGUUAUCUCUUGUGGAGCUACGAUAAGUAAAACAUAAAGUAAACUAUGUCUGAGCUUUGUUGUGUCUAAUGUUUAUGUGGAUGAUUUUGUGUGAAUCCCUGUUCCUACAACAAAGCGAUAUGUUUAA